CCUAAAAAAGCUCCAUAAACAGAAUUGCGACCGAAUGUCUUUUCAAUGCAACGAAAAUGGUGAAGUGUGGGAAAAAGUGGGCAUUGAGUAAAGGCUUCGACAGCUCGAACCAUGACAGAGGCGUCGGAGGAUGGUAACUAUCUGGUGAAGGUUUGUGCCCAGGUAAUGACAAGGGAUGAUAGUUCAGGUGGUUGGGUUCCUCUAAGUGGAGGUGGUUUAGCAAAUGUUUCGGUUAGACGAAGACCAACUUCAGAUGGGCAUCAAUCUAAUAAUACCAAUGGAUCUGGUAUAUCUACUAUGACUGCCUCUACUACCAAUUCUACGCACUCUGUAUCAACUACAGCUGUCACUAAUACCCAAAGUCAUGGAUCUUCUAGUAAUUCUCCACCUGGUGCAACUAAGAAGAGGCAUGAAUAUCUUAUUUAUGGGAUACGCAUCACCGAUCAAUCAACUUUGAAUUUGCCUGUGGAACCACCAGAACCACGUCCAUCAUCAGAUACACCUCAUGGAAUAGUUCGAGUGCCCAAUUAUCAUUCCCAGUGUUCAGAUCUUCCUGAUUCACACAAACCUAUUCAUUAUAUUGGUGGACCAUCUAUAAAAGUACCACCAUCUCAACAUCCUUUAGCAUCAACUGAAGAUGUUGGAUCAGAUAACUAUCCUUAUGUGCAGCUCACGACGCUUAAUCAUGAAUAUUUAUAUCCCAUCAUUGGUGAUCAUAAAGGAGACCGGCUAAAUAGACAUAAUACCAGUAGUUCUCUGAAGAAGCCAGAUACUAUAGUAUCACAACCCUCUAAAAAUACUAUGAAACGUAAUAUUCGAUUACGAUGUAAACAUUGCCAAGAGUUGUACACAGAACAGCACAAUCCUAGAGGAUCUUGUGAAUAUGCACCGGAUCCUAUUAGACGAGGAAUCGCAAAAAUUUCGUGUCUGUCUUGUGCUCAGGGCAUGUUAUACCAUUGUAUGAAUGAUGCGGAAGGUGAUUUUUCCCAGAAUCCUUGCAGUUGUAGCACAGAAGAAGGAUGUGGACGCAGAUGGUUUGGUUUGGCAUUAUUAUCACUGAUCGUUCCUUGCUUGUGGAUUUAUCCUCCAUUAAGAGCUGUUCAUUGGUGUGGCACGUCCUGUGGAAUGUGUGGGGGACGUCACCAUCCGAUGGAAUAA